AUGUUUUCGCAAGCUUCUUCCCGCUUCUCCUCAAGCUUUCAGGCCAUCUAUACCUCAGAGGUUGUUUUACCUUUGCCUUUGAACUGUUUCUUCAUCUCGAAGGCGACCUCAGGCUCAUCUAUAGAGGCGACCUCAGGCUCGCCUAUAGAGGCGACCUCUGGCUCGCCUAUAGAGGCGACCUCAGGCUCGCCUAUAGAGGCGACCUCAGGCUCGCCUAUAGAGGCGACCUCAGGCUCACCUAUAGAGGUGACCUCCGGCUCACCUAUAGAGGUGACCUCCGGCUCACCUAUAGAGGUGACCUCCGGCUCACCUAUAGAGGUGACCUCCGGCUCACCUAUAGAGGUGACCUCCGGCUCACCUAUAGAGGUGACCUCCGGCUCACCUAUAGAGGUGACCUCCUGCUCACCUAUAGAGGUGACCUCCGGCUCACCUAUAGAGGUGACCUCCGGCUCACCUAUAGAGGUGACCUCCGGCUCACCUAUAGAGGUGACCUCCGGCUCACCUAUAGAGGUGACCUCCGGCUCACCUAUAGAGGUGACCUCCGGCUCACCUAUAGAGGUGACCUCCGGCUCACCUAUAGAGGUGACCUCCGGCUCACCUAUAGAGGUGACCUCCGGCUCACCUAUAGAGGUGACAUCCGGCUCACCUAUAGAGGUGACAUCCGGCUCACCUAUAGAGGUGACCUCCGGCUCACCUAUAGAGGCGACCUCUGGCUCGCCUAUAGAGGCGACCUCUGGCUCGCCUAUAGAGGCGAUCUCAGGCCCGCCUAUAGAGGCGACCUCAGGCUCGCCUAUAAAGGUGACCUCAGUCUCAUCUAUAGAGGCGACCUCCGGCUCACCUAUAGAGGCGAGCUGUAGCUCACCUAUAAAGGCGACCUCAGGCUCGCCUAUAGAGGCAACCUCUAGUUCGCCUAUAGAGGCGACCUCAGGCUCGCCUAUAAAGGUGACCUCAGUCUCAUCUAUAGAGGCGACCUCCGGCUCACCUAUAGAGGUGACCUCCGGCUCACCUAUAGAGGUGACCUCCGGCUCACCUAUAGAGGUGACCUCCGGCUCACCUAUAGAGGUGACCUCCGGCUCACCUAUAGAGGUGACCUCCGGCUCACCUAUAGAGGUGACCUCCGGCUCACCUAUAGAGGUGACCUCCGGCUCACCUAUAGAGGUGACCUCCGGCUCGCCUGUAGAGGCGACCUCUGGCUCGCCUAUAGUGGCGACCUCUGGCUCGCCUAUAGAGUCGCCAUCGCUGCCAAGGCAAAUGCAACCAGUAACUUGGAAACCAGCAGCGAGUCAGCCAACCAACCGACCAUCCGACCACACCAUCAACAUGCAGCAGCAGCAUGAAGAUUGA